GGACUUAAUAAAGUAACUUUAGGCGCAGAAUUCAACAAAUUUUUCGGCCAUAAAGACCUACUUUGAAAAAUCCAAUCUGUACGUCUUCUCGAUCACUUUUUUCCCGCCACAGUAGCUGCCUGUGAUCCACCGCAGCUGCUGCUUUAUCAAUCGAGACGCUUCAGAAAUCGAAAUCCCUGAAGUUUCCACCAUCAAGAACAUCUAAUAGCAGAGUGAAGGCGAGGAAGAAAACCCUAAUCCGGCAAUGGGAGUCAUGGACCUCUACUCGACUGUCGCAGAGACGAUUUACUCGUACACGGGGCUUUCGCCGGUUGCCUUUUUUACUAUCCUGGCGGUUAUGGUUGGCGUCUACCACAUGGUCUGUGGGAUGUUUGUUUCGCCGGUGGAGGCGGCGGCGGCGGCGGAGAGUAGAUCGGUGGUGUCGGAGCCGGAAUUACCUCUCGAACCUGUCGAGAUCGGGGAUGUGACGAUCGAGGAGCUGAGAGCUUACGAUGGAUCGGAUCCUAAGAAACCUCUUCUGAUGGCGAUUAAAGGGAAUAUAUACGAUGUUUCGAAAUCCAGAAUGUUCUACGGACCUGGUGGGCCUUAUUCUUUAUUUGCCGGGAGGGAAUCUAGCCGGGCCUUGGCCCUCAUGUCUUUUGACCACAACGACCUGACCGGCAACCUCCAUGGUCUCAGUGCUUCUGAACUCGAAGUCUUGCAUGAUUGGGAAGACAAAUUCAUGGAGAAAUAUGUUAAGGUUGGACGACUCAUUUCUGAAAGAACAUUUACUGAUCAUCCUGAAGCACUGGAGGAGCAGAUAACUGAGACAAACAACUAAGUAGACCAGCAAAAACUAUUACGUGCGGAUAGAAUAGGUACGAAUGGAUGUAGAUUUAAUGAUAAUUGACAGUAUUGUGGUGGUAUUGAGUUGCAAUACCACCACAAUACCACUAAUCCGCAUGUGCAGAUUCCGUAACGCUUUAGAUCGGUAAUCCGGAGCAUAGAUUUCUAUAUGCUUGUCCCAAUGUUUGAUGAGAUUUUGUAUGCUUGCAAGCUGUAACGUUAUUCGAUGUAAUUUUGGUUUUCACCCCACACCUUUAAAAUUUAAAAUUUUCCUUGGCCGUAUUCUUUGUGGUGCUGGAUUUAUAUGUUUCAUGUAGUAUUUAUGGCGUUGUAUUAGUCAAG